GAGUGGGAAAACUAAACAAGUUGCUCUAAGCCGCACUUUAACUUCUUUGAUAAAGAUAUCUUUUCACGAGUAGAGAAGCAAAAGAACGUAAGUAAAGCGCCCAACAAUGUCUGACGAUCAACUGAUUAUGUUCGAUGAGAAGGGUGCCAUUCGCAUGUUCGACCCCGAAAAAUUUGACGAAUUGGUUAAAUCCAUAGAAACAGAGAAGCAAUAUGUAGAAAAGAUGGACUCCUUCUGUCAAAUGGUAAAUCAAACCAUGGGAAUUGUCAAAAAACUGGCGGAUGCGAUUCAGGCAGAAAAGCUCAAGGCGAUUGGAUACCGCAAUAUCGUAGAAAGCGAGGCGGAGGAGCGAUUUCGAGCCGUGCAGGAAUCCGAGCAGCGACUGUUAGAGAAGCAAAUGGAGCUCGACCGCUACGUAGCGGAGUACGAAUCGCUUCGAAAGGUAGAGGCUGAGCAGCAGCUUACCAUUCAACGUUUGAGUGAGAGUUGUGAUUGAUACGCUCAGUGAGAGAGAAGGAAAGGGAGGAUUGGUGUUGUCAGCAUUAAUCCAGAGGGGAACCUGUAAGGGAGAUGGAAAAUGAAACUGACUCUUCUUUGAAUAUUGGCUCCUUUUUAUUAUUAUUGUUAGUGUGAUGUAGAAUAUACGGAAGCAUGUCUUGGCGCCGUUUGUGUGUGACCCCUGCAAUACCUUUUCUUUUCAAGUUUUUUUUUGGGGGGAGGGGGGAGGAUUAUAGUACAUGUCAAAUACUUUUUAAUUUCCGUCGGCCCCAUUGCGGCUUUUAAAUUAGGUAUGAUUGCAUCAAGGACUAAUUUGUACGAUCCCUCAUUGUGUACCCCCUUAGUUUUCCCAGGGUCGGACAA